CAUCAAUUCAUUUUAUUUGCAUUCGGCCUCACAUCAAAUCUAUUAUCUGGGGUGUUCUAGAUGUCAUCCUUCCUCAAUGUCGUAUUUGGGACACGUGCGAACCCUUCGAGCUCGUCUUCAUCUACUACCAGCACCGAAUCGCCUUCAUCAAAAGAAUCAAGAGUAUCUCGUCAUUUUCCUUCAUCAGAGAUCAUCACUUCACUCAAAGAAGUCGGGGUUCCAAUCUCGACCGUAUCCGAUUCUGAUUGCGCAACAUGUGCUGAGGCCUGCUCGGGACCUAUGAAUAUGGAAGGUUAUCCUUCCUCAUUUGCCAUCGAUACAACUACUCCUUUGCUAGGUGCAAUCAAGGAUUACGAUUAUUUGAUUCUCUGCAGUAGCGGUAAAACAGAUUGGCCGCAUGAUGUCUGCGCUGACGUUCAUAGCCUACCUGGUGCACUUCGACAAGCCUAUCCAAAACCAUCAACACCGAUCGAUCCUCAGCGUAAACCCAGCAUUGCAGGUGUUCUUCCAUUGCCACGCCCCUGUACGGCACAUGCUGCUCCAGGGAUUAGUGGCCGUGAAGGUCAAUUGACAGUUGCCAUUUUCAGCUCCUCGCACUUCAGUUCGUCCGACGAUGAUGACACGCAUAGCUUGAUUAUCCUCCCCAACUGGGUUUUGAUGCCGGACGUUACUCCUUCCCAUCUGCCGAAGUUGCCGUUGCCUAUUGAUCUCUUCCCGCGAUUGCCACAUCAGCUUAUCAUCUUACUUUGCUCUCACAAGACCCGGGACAAACGUUGCGCAAUCGCCGCACCUAUCUUGAAAGAUGCACUGGUUGAUGUCUUUGAGAGCCUAGAAACAACGUGGCAAGUUGAUACAAGAUGUGAUGGAGCUGUGCACCCUUCUGAAGAACCCUUAGUUGGCAUUUUCAAUAUUUCACAUUCGGGUGGUCAUAAAUUUGCCGGAAAUAUGAUUAUCAACUUUCCCAAUGGAGCUUCAGUUUGGUAUGGUCGGGUGAUGCCAUCAGAUUGUGAGCGAAUAAUUAAGGAAACAGUUUUGAACCACAGAGUGAUUCCAGAAUUAUUGAAAGGUGGAUUUGGGCUUGGUACCUUAAACUCCAAUAGCCUGCUUGCGUGGUAAGGUACUCGUGAAGUAUCCUUUAAACAUUCUUUCAAUUUGUACCAGCUUGUUGUAAGGAAGUAUCCCUUUUUUGUUUAAUUUUUGCAUAGUGCUUUUUAAUUAUACAUAGUGUUACAAAGC